AUGGAGUACCACUGCAAACUGGUUGAGGCAGCUCGUACGGGCAACGUCGAAGCAUUACACGACCUGAUUAAAGAAAAUCCCUUUGUUCUCUCCGACUAUGCACUCGUCUCUCCGCAUGAGAAUCCACUGCACGUUGCUACAAAAGCAGGGCAGCUUGGUUUUGUGCGAGAAAUUAUUAGAUUAAAGACCGAAUCGGCGGAGGAACCAAACAGAGAAGGCUUCAGGCCGCUGGAUAUAGCUUCGGCGUUUGGGCAUGUAGAGAUAGUGAAAGAGCUUGUAACAAGUACCGGAAAUGAUAUAUGUCGUUUGAAGGGAAAAGAUGGAAAAACAGCUAUUCAUUAUGCUGCUAUCAGUGGCAGGCUUGAGGUUAUGGACGAGCUGCUUUCUUUCUCUGCGGAAUGUGUUACGGAUGUGACGGUUCUCGGAGAAACUGCGCUUCAUUUGGCUGUGAAAUACUAUAAAGUUGAGGCCUUGAGAAACUUAGUGGAAUGGCUGGAAAAGCUUGGAUUGGAAGAGAUAGUCAACUGGUUUGAUAAAGAUGGCAACUCAGUUUUGCACCUUGCAGUCUCUAAAAAACAACAUGAGAGUGUAGAUUUUCUACUUAACAACAACAGUACUAUUUCCAACACCCUCAAAUUGAACGAAACAAACACAUGGGGUCUAACAGCAAUGGACAUAAUGGACUUACUGAUGGAGAAUCCAAUUGAUGUCCAACUCCGGGAACGCCUCAGACUUGCUGGAGCCCUUAGGGCUCGGGAUAUAGCAAACUCCAUACCUUCCACACCUAUUAGUAAUCCUCCAGUACCACAAGUCACUGUCAAUGUCCACAACAAUCUUCCAAACCCUGUCGCCGCAAAAGUGGACUGGAUCAGGUAUUUUCAGUUUCAGAAGAAGCGGGACUCACCAAGUGACACCCGCAAUGCGCUUCUUGUUGUGGCUGCGCUGAUAGCCACUGUCACCUUCCAAGCAGGAGUAAAUCCUCCUGGCGGUUUUGUUGCGGAGAAAUCCCAGCCAAACGUUAAUUCAACCAACACUACUUCUUAUGCACCUCCACCGUCAUCUCCUGAUCAGUCGUAUAGUCCAGUUAGUACUGUAGGAUUGUCUGCAAUUUCUGCAGCUUUGGGCAGCAUCGCGACAUCAGAUUGGUUCUUGUUUGGGAACUCUUUGGGUUUUGCAGCAUCAGUCAAUGUCCUAAUCUAUCUCACGGCUGGGUUUCCUUUCCAAAGAGAGCUUCAAAUUUCCUUAUACUCAAUGAUGUUUGCUUAUGGUUGUUCAGUGAAUGAUAUUCAGCCAAAAGAAAUUGCUAGAUGUCUCAUUCUCGCAAUAGCUUUUCUUGUACCUAUUCUGGUAAGAUGGCCUCCGAGAUGGGCAGUAAAACUUUGGGGAUACUACAAGACUGAAGCUGGUACGGUAAAUGCACGAGGUUGAUACAUGUGUUCAAAAAUUUACAAUUUCUAUUAGAGGAACGUAGUAAAGGGGCGAUUAAUAAUUAUCAUCGUCUUAUAUAACUCUUGUCACACUCAGCAAAACAUGUUUUAUUUGUAAAGCCAUUGUCUCUUUUAUUUGCUUUCUGAUGGCAUCGUUUGUUGUCGUUUGUAAGUUUUGCUAUGAAUUGUAAUCGUUUGUAAUUUGUAUAUUCUUGUUGUUUAUUAUAGUUAUCGUCGUUUG